AUGUCCCUGCACCAAGGCCUUUUGGUGUGCGCGCUCUUUGCCUUGGCCGCCGUCGAGGCUCGUCACGGAGCUCAUGGCGCGAAGUUCCCGCCGUUCCUGGCGAAUGUCAGCGACGCGGCUCGUCGUGACUUCUUCACCAUCAGUCGCAACCCGAACCUCACCAUCAGCCAGGAAGAGACGCAGCUCAGCGCCUGGGCCAGCACUAAUGGAGUUGUGGUCAGUUUUCAACGGGAUUUUUCUAAUUUUAUGUGGAUUUCCGUAAUAAUAUAUAUAGAGGAAGAGUUUGAUGAAAGUUUACAAAAAAAGAACAUUCCUAGCUUUGGAAAAAAACUGUUUGAAAGCCACUUUUUCCUGUAAAUGUGUCAGAAGCUAGAACUCCUAAGAUUCGAUCCUCAAAGUGGUUUUUCUUACAGGAUACUUACAAUCAGUUCAUCGCCAACGUGACCGCCCGUCAGACUCAACUGUCGCAGAACGUGAGCGCCGUCAUCGGAAACCUGGCGGCCGCCAAACAGGCCGUCGAUGCCGUCAUGAACAACAAGGAGCAGACUCGCGCCCAGCAGAGAGCCACCAUCGAGGAGCUCCGAACGCGUUUUCCUCAGGUUAGUUGGUAUUCUGCAAUUUUGAAGCUACAGAAAUACUUUAUAACUUUGGGGUGAUAUUGAGAAUCAUUAAUUUCUUUUUAAUCUUCAAUGAUACGACUCAGAAAGUCCAUCAAAGAACUCGAGAUUGAGCUCGAAAACCAAAAACAUCUUCAAAAAAAAAAAUUUUGAGCUUAAGAAAAAUUUUUUGGGGCAAUUUUAAAUCAUAACUGGAAAUUAGCGUAUUUCACGGAUCUUCCCAGGAAAUCCCGACGCUUUUCUUCAUCGGAAAGGUGCUCGACGGGCCAAAAUCCCACGAAAACCACGGACCUCGCGGAGGUCCAGGCGGUCAUGGAGGUCAUGGGCGUCCGGAAGGUCGUCCUGAUGGUCCGCGUGGCGGGCAUGGAAGAAACUACUGA